AUGUCGCUUGCCAAGAGGAAUAACGGUUGUCUGGAGUGUCGGACGCGCCGCGUCAUUUGCGACAAGGCUGAGCCUGAGUGCUUCAAAUGUCGCAAAAAGGGCAUCAAGUGUUCCGGCCAGGGUAUUGAAUGCCGCUUCAGCCCUUAUAUGCGCAAAAGUCCCAAUGCCACCAGAGUAAAAGCCAGCCCGGCGGCUAUGACCUUGAGCGAUGAAUGUGCCGAAAGCGCCGGCGUCAGCAAGACCUCAAAGCCUGGCAUGUCGGCCGUAGACACAACCACGCCGCCCUCAAGGACAUCUUGGAGAAAGCAAUACCUUUGGGUAGAUCCAGAACUCGUACCGGGCCCAGACCCGGAAACGACACCAGUCGCAACGCUUGUGACUCCCAAGACGGAACAAGACUUCGGUUCUAGCGCGCUCGCCGACACGCCAGCACAUUCGUCAUCAGCAUCACCCUCCUCCUCUACCAGCUCGCCGACCGAUGAAGCGCAAGAUGACGAUACGAAAGCAAAAGAUCACAUUUCGCCGAUGGGUCAGACUGGAGAUAGCCUGGUGGUGCACAAAUCGUCAACCAGACGGGAGCCCUGGCCAUACGGGCCAAGCACCACCAUUCAGAGCGUAUCUUCGAACUCGAGAUCCUUCUUUGAUCAUUUCUCAAAUUUCAUCGCGUCGAAAAUGGUCGUCCUCGACUUCCAAGACAAUGGCUAUCGACAGAUGAUUCUGCCCCUUGCCACACAAGAUCCUUUGGUUUCGCAGGCGGUCAUCGUUGUGUCCGCAUUUCACCUUUCGCAAGUAGUGCCAUCUCUUCGAAUGAAGGCAGAGCUGGGUCAACAACGGGUGCUCUCUCAGCUACGGCAGUCUGCGCUCAGCCCCAACCGCGAUCAAUUCUUCAAUCUCUCCAACUGGGUGAUAAUUCUCGUGCUAUUAGUGGGUGACACCAUCACCGGCUCGAAGAAUUACGUAUAUCUUCUCGACUUGUUAUCACAACUGUCACGAGCAGCAUUAUCUGACAAGUCGCUACCCGACAAUGUCAAGCAAUUCGUCAAACAACAAACACAAAUGUUUGAAUUGUUUGGAUCUCCCCUCUCAAGUCCGCAAAAGGGAUUGGACAUGUUACGCCGACGGUCUGCCGACUAUCUCUCAUUCAUGUCGUACUGUCCCUCCACGCCGGAGCAGCAGGUCUUUAUUGACUCAAUGACUGAAGUCAUCAAGCAAGGGUCUCAAAUCUUUGAAAAUAGAGCUUUGAAUUCGACGACACUCGAAGCCUCCAGAGCCUCGGUCGAGCGGAUGCGCCAGACAGUCAUUACCAUGGAUCUAGAAACUGACGGCAGUCACGCCCUCGUAUGGCCAUUCUUCAUCGCCGCCGCCGAGAGUACGCUACCAGAACACCGCCAAUUUUUCGCUAGCCGAUUAAAACAAUUAUUCUCCAAUACUCGAUUUGGCAGCAUUCCCGUUGCGCUUAAUACGCUCGAGUACAUAUGGAACAAGGGCGACACCACGAGCUGGACAGAUGUUGUCACACGGGAACGACAGGUCUUGAUCAUGUAG